AUGCGAAACUUUCAAGUGUUAAUUUUAUUGCUAAUUGAAUUUGUAAAUUCGCAAUUAGAAAAUGCAGAAAUUUGCGGUCGUUCUCACAAUUUAGAUAAUCUUAUCGAUAAUGGUAAACUUAUCACUCAGAAUGAACGUCGUGUGGUUGGAGGUAACGAGUCGACACCACAUAUAUGGCCCUGGACUGUGCAGUUGAUUUACACCGAAACAAAGAUUCAUCGAUGUGGUGCGGCACUUCUGACUGAUGAUAUCGUUAUCACUGCUGCACAUUGCUUCUCUCGAAGUCGUAAUCCAGCACGUUAUGCAGUUCUCAUCGGUGGACAUGAAAUUGGAUCCGGAAAGAGCUAUGAGAUUCGCAACAUUUCAAUACAUCCGUUAUUUAAUGUUCUCAUGCCAAGUUCAUUUGAUGUUGCCGUUGCCAGCCAAGAUGUGCUACCAAUAUGUUUACCGAUGUUGGAGCCAUCAACAGCAGACAAUUGCAUUGUUACAGGAUGGGGUUUUCAAGAAGAAAGUGGUAGUUUUUCGUCGAAGUUACGUGAGAUAAACGUUCCAAUCAUACCGAUUGUUAUUUGUAAUAGUAUUUUGCAUUAUUUCGGCCGCGUGGAUCCUUUGUCUAUGCUUUGUGCCGGUUCCGGUGGUGCUGAUGCUUGUCAGGGUGAUUCAGGUGGUCCGUUGGUGUGUUACAGUCGUAUGCGUCAAAGAUGGGAACUGCAGGGAGUGGUCAGUUGGGGUCAUGGAUGCGGUCGGAACAAUAUUCCUGGAGUGUAUGCCAAAAUUAGUGCCGUUACUGGCUGGGUGCAUUCGCAAAUGAAAUUGCUUCAGCUCAAUGAUAAUGAUAUUCUUUAG